AUGUUUACAGAAAAAUUUUUGCUCAAACCUUUUUCGCGACCUUUUUCGUUCUCUUUGCUAACAAUGGAGUUUAUCGUCGCUCCUCGUGAGCUUAUCGUCGCUCUUCGUGAGCUUAUCGUCGCUCCUCGUGAGCUUAUCGUCGCUCCUCGUGAGCUUAUCGUCGCUCCUC